GGGGGAACUCGUGGUUGAGCAAGCAAUUUUUCCCAGGUAUCCGCUCGGGUUUAUUAGUAAACAAAUCGUCCAUGUUAGGCAAUCUCCUUGCGAGUGAUUCGGAAAUCUUGUCCUCCUUUUUCACGGCUUUGCGUUUCGAAUGAAAAUCGACCAACGGACGAGUUCUCCAGUAUUGCGAAAGCGAGCUGUUCAAUUCACUGGAUUGUUUGUUUUGACUAAAGGGCUCUUUGCAUAUGGAUGUGGCCAUUGGUCAAAAGUGACCCGCAUCGAAGCGAGGGAAUUCUUGUCAAUAUAAAGCCGCGAUUUCUUCAGACAUUCGUAUUUACUUUUGCUGCGAACGCUUUACAACUUAGCCAAGAUAUGGACCUGGUCAUUUCCAAUGUUGUUCUGGGAGAUCUCUUGGAAUGAAUGCGGCUCGACUUGAAUUGCUUCGCGAAUAUGGAGGAACGAUCGCCAUCCGAUCGUGACGGCGAACUCGGCGAGGACCAACCGCAUCAUGCUUCUGUGUGCAAGAAGAUGGAGAAACUUAUUUAUCAAAUGCAAGAUGAAAAAUCUGGAGUGCCUAUUCGAACAGUAAAGAGCUUUAUGUCCAAGAUUCCUAGUGUCUUCACAGGUAGUGAGCUUGUGGACUGGGUCAUGAGCAAUCUUUCUAUUGAAGACAGAGGUGCGGCAGUUCACUUGGCCUCUCUGCUUGCAGCUUAUGGUUACAUCUUCUCCAUUACCGAUCACCAUUUGAUGGUCAAAGAUGAUGCUUCAUAUUACAGAUUCCAGACACCAUUUUUUUGGUUAUCAAAUAAUUGGGAACCUGAGAAUGUAGAUUAUGCUGUUUAUUUGUGUAAAAGGACAAUGCAAAAUAAGUCUAGACUAGAGCUGGAUGACUAUGAAGCGGAAAAUCUAGCCAAGCUACAGAGAACGCUUGCACGGAAGUGGGAAUUUAUAUUUAUGCAAGCUGAAGCACAAGCAAAGGUUGAUAAGAAGAGAGACAAAAUGGAAAGACAAAUACUAGACAGCCAAGAAAGAGCAUUUUGGAAUGUUCACAGACCACCGCCAGGUUGUGUGUCUGUGACUGAAAUAGACAUUAAAAAGGCCUGCAAAGCAGUAGAUACGUCACCAAGUGUGAAGAGGAAGGUUAACCUUUUGGAAGAAGACUCUCCACUAUCAUUAUCCUCCUUGUCUGCACUGGACGGUGUAAAACAAGAGGUGAAAGAAUUAAGAGAACAGCUUCAUAAGAGACGAAUGAAGACUUCACAGGCUUCUGAAAGUUUUAUUCAGAGAUGUGAGCAAUAUGCCGAGUAUGAUGCAUUUAUUUGGGCUCCUGAUCCGUCCAAUCCGUGGGUGUCAGAUGAUAUUACGCUUUGGGAACAAGAUAAGAGUUUACAUUAUGUUCCUCCGAGGCGUGUUAAACAAUGGGGAUUCUCGUUAUCCGAACUUCUUGCUGAUCCUUUAGGAAGAAGACAUUUUACGCGGUUUUUAGAAAAAGAAAUUAGUGCAGAAAAUCUAGGAUUUUGGUUAGCUUGUGAACAGCUCAAAGCGACACCAAUACGACAUGUACCAAGUAAAGCUCAGGAAAUAUUUAAUGAAUAUUUAUCUGAAAGUGCAACGUCUCCAAUUAACGUUGAUUGUAAAACAAGAGAAGAAGUAGAGUUAAAUUUAAAACAUCCUGGACGAUACAUGUUUGACGCUGCUCAGGACCACAUUUUCCAGCUGAUGAAAUCGGACAGCUAUCGCCGUUUUAUCCGCUGUGACCAGUACAAAGAACUUCUCAAGGCUCCUGCAAACAAACAGAAAAGUCCACUUCCCACAAAACCACUACAAAAUUUGGCGCGGAUUGCUGGCAAGACAUAACGUCAGUUGUACUGGAUAUUUAUUUCUUUGAGAAUAGACUAUAAAGAAUUAAUUCUACCUUUACAUAAUGGAAAAAGUGUUCUGUAGCCUUAGAACAACGAUUUAGAGGAGCAGAACGCAGCGCGAGGAACUCAAAAGGGAGCGCGUUUUUCUUCCCUAAACUGCUUGUUGUGCAGCUCACCCUUACGAUCUGAUGCCCCUUGUUAGCCUUAGGAGUAAAUAUCAUUUUGUUAUUAUUGUUUUGAGAUCGCUUAUUUUUUUUAAACGCUUGUUAGAACCCAUAGGACAUUUAGUCGCUAAGUAACUUGAAGACUGAUCGUAAGAAUUUGUUUUCGUAACGAUCAUUGUUACUUGGUGAAUUGUAACGCAACCUGUCAUGAGAACGUAGGUGUGUAAUUCUAGGUAUUUUAGUGGCAAAUGGAAUGAAUAUCAAAUUUUGUAUAGCAGUUGGCCAUUUAAAUAGUGUUUUGUUCACAGUAAAUGAUCAAGUUCAAAAAUUUUGAUGUGAAUGGCCAGAGAAAAAGAAACCAGUUGACAUGUAGGUGUAUUUUCAAAGUAAAAAUAAUUUUUCAGCUAAUUCUUCUAACGCAAUGUUUUUUUUCGUUUCCACAACCUUCUAACUGUAAAUUCCACGAUUCGAUGAAACUGUGGCAUUUUGUUGAUUUAGGAGUUCCUGGUCUUAAACUGUCCUGACUUUUCCGAUGAUUAAGAAAAUACUGUCUAAUUUCUUUAAAAUUCAGCAUGCUAUAUAUAAGGUAGUCAUUAUGUUGUGCUGUUUCCGUAUUUUGUAUUUCUGGAGAAGCUUGAAAUUGUAAAUUCAACGAGUAAUUGAAGACUUGCACAGCCGUAAUUUGGGUCGUAACGCAACGCUUUUCGUAACGGCAUUAUGUCACGCAACGUCUCUUGUAAAAGCUCUGUGUCACGAUACAUGAAACGGGUGUGCGUUCCCCACUAGUUAGGAAAUUAAUAUAAAAAAUGUACAAUUAUAAAAACGUGAAUGGAAUCAUUUGAAACUGUAUUAAUAGUUAUUAAUCUAUUGAGAUUUGACAUCACUAUCAUAUAGUAAAGUGAUAAAUUGGCUAUUUAAUGGAUAAAUAGAAUUUAUUGAAUAACACAAAGUGAUUUAUUGCGAGAAAUAUUCUUGAAAUGAAUAAAGACGAUUUUUUUUCCAGACCAGCUUUUAAAAACACA